AAAAUACAAGAAUCUGAUUUUAUUUUCUUAUUCUUGUCAUACAGGUUCCUCCAAAGGUGACAGUCUGCAAACAUGACCGGCUCUGAGAGAAGUUUGGCUAAAGGCAGUGCUGCCCCAGGGCCAGUGCCACAAGGGUCGAUUAGACUAUACAGCAUGAGAUUCUGCCCCUUUGCCCAGAGAGCAAGACUCGUCCUGGUUGCCAAAGGAGUCAAGCAUGAAGUAGUAAACAUCAAUCUGAAGAACAAACCAGACUGGUAUUUCGAGCUGAAUCCUUCGGGUAUGGUACCUACAAUUGAGACUUCUGAUGGGAAAAUAAUCUAUGAAUCGGCAAUUGUUUGUGAAUACCUGGAUGACGUUUUUCCUGGGGCUAAGCUGAUUCCAUCUGACCCCUAUGCAAAAGCUGAACAGAGGAUGUUACUGGAAGCUUUCUCUGCAGUCACACCUGUAUUUUACCAGAUUGUGUUUGCACAGAAAGAUAAUAAAGACACCACUGAAUUAAAAUCACAGUUUCUUGAGAAAUUGAAAAAACUGGAAGAGGCACUGGCUAAGAAGAAAACCCCAUUCUUCGGUGGUAAAUCUGUGUCCUUUAUUGACUACAUGGUGUGGCCCUGGUUUGAAAGAUUCAGCGUUUUUGCAUUGGAGGGUCUUUUGGAUAACACUCCAAACAUCAAAGCUUGGAAUGACCAUAUGUUACAAGACCCAGCUGUCAAGGCAACCUUCACUGCUCCAGAGGUCCUCUUGGAAUUUUUUAAGCUUUAUGCUCAGGACAGUUUGGAUGCUGUUGAUUAUGGCCUUAAUUAGGAUGGCUGUUCUCUAACAAUGUGACCUGAUACUUGUGCCUUUUACGCAAUCGGUACUGUCUCCUGUGGAUCAUGCCCUUUAAAAUGGGGUUUCCCAGUUCCAGCCCACCCAGGACAUCACCAACACAUUUUUCUGCACAGCUUUUAGUUGGUUUAAUUUUAACUCGGUCUGUGAAAGGAUCACGAAGCCUGGAAUUGAUGCUGGUUCGGUAAAUGCCAAUCUAAAGCACUUGUACUUCAAGUAAUAACAAAUAAAUGUUCCACAAACUAAGCCUUGUGUUUCUAGCCUCUGUGAUAUGGGUGUAGCCAAUGCAUGGGGUGCAGUAUUUUUGAAAAUUCUGUCUUUUGGUUUAGUCGAAUAAAAGAACUCUGUCGCA